AUGCACCGCCGCGAACCCUUUUCAGAAGAAGCGUCAAAGCUAGAAUUGCAGGGACGCGAGAGACCCUCGAUGUUGUAUAUGCAAAAGAAAAAAGGUUUUCUUAGGUGGGAAACAGGCAAAGGCCAAGACAAGGGCACUCAGUUCCUUCGAGAAGAGGUUGGACAAGAGGCUUGUCCGCCGUCUCCCCAGCAGUGCCCUGACAUUUUGAAAUCUCACCCCUUGUUGGCCACAAGUGACCCUGAGACCCUGUCUUACCCUGUCUGGGGCAACACAGGGCCGGGCGUCGGCCACAAGGACUGGGAAGUCGGGAGGUACGUCUGCACGGAGCCGGGUGAAGACCCAGGGCUUCAGCAAAGUUCGGCCGAGUUUGAAACCCAGCGCGCGCGCUCCGCCUCCCCGGGCUUUCCCUCCCGGCUGUUCAAGGAUGGGGUUCCGAACAGAGGGCGUAAGGACGCGAGUAACCGAGGUGAGGCGACAGUGGAAACGGUCGGAAGAGGGUGCGUCCCGCCUCCCUGCGAAGUACAGAAAUCUCUCUCCCUUGGCACAGAAACAACUCUCGAGGCAGGUCCGCCGAAGAGAGCGUCGCAGCUGUCGUGGCCAGAACUUCGCAGCCCGGAUACUUGGGCAGAGAGAAGCCGCCGCUGGCUCACCGCAGCGUCCCUCCUCCCUUCUCGGCAGCGCUUUCAGUUUGAAGUGUUUCUCCUUUACGCAGACCACCCCUCUCCCCCACCUCCCGCCCCCAGCGUGCCUUUGCUGGAAACGGUUACUCCUUUUAAAAAUUGGAAAAUCAAUACCAGUUUAGCCUCUUCCGUGAGAUGA